UAAGCAGAGGGAGGAGCGACCGUGUAGUAUUUCUUUUUUUUUUUGCUUCUUUCGCUCCUGUCGUUGCAGCCCAUCCAAACACUACUGAAAGGCACCAGAAAAAGGGGGAACAAACUACUCAUUUUCAUGCAAAAGCUUUGUAGGAAAGGAGGACACGGAGCUGUGUGCGGAAGGGGAUAAUUCUGGCAGUACGAGGCGUAGCAGCUUAGCGGAGGACCGGGCUUCGGAGUGAGGGGAGACGUGUAGCGCUGCCGCUACACUUGUGUGCACAAACCGGAGGAGCCCCUCUGACUUUCUCCCGCUUCAUUUCCGCCUAAUGCCCCAAUACCCAACCCGAACUGGUGUCCAGUCCGCGUGGGGGUAACCGACGAGUUCCCUGAGAGCUACGUUGGGAUGAAGGCUGGGAUGAAAUGUAAAGAAACAACGGCAAAGUAAAGACGACUGACCACCAAGGGGCGGAGACGAGGCGGACCACACAACGCAGGAGACCUGGGGAAAUCAUUAACGCACACUAAAACACACAAUAUGACAGAUUGGAUUUCAUUCCACCCUCCAACUCCCUGAGACUGACAUCCACCUCCAGCCCGGGCCCCAGGGCCAGCCCAUUGACCUCAGACCUCUUCCAAAUCUUUGGAUUCACACCGAGCCACACCGCACCAACCUCAAGUCGUUUCCCUCUGGAGACCCCCAACCGCCCGCCUGCGCCCCCCCCCCCCCCCCCCAUCCCCAAAAAAAACCCAGGGACGGGACCCUGUCAUGUUUCACUGAGGGUCCCCUCCCAACUGGCGAAUGACAAGUGUGCAUUCGAGGGCGGGGCUUGCCUCAGUCUCUCAUGAUUGGCUGCUGGAUGGAAUUAAGGUGAAUGGAACACGUGCCCAAGGAGCAGGACCCUAACCCACCAGAGGGAGAAGAGAAACGGUGGCUCAAUGGCCCGAAAAGGAAGAGAAAGAACAGCCAAUGUUCGUUGAAGAGUAUGACUGCACGUUGUCUGAGUGACAGCUCCAAAUCCCCCGAGCUGAAAGAAGCGAGUAAAGACGGGUACAUCCCCAGCUACCUCGAAAAGGAUGAGCCAUGUGUGGUUUGUGGCGACAAGGCCACAGGCUACCACUACCGCUGCAUUACCUGCGAGGGCUGCAAGGGUUUCUUCCGUAGGACCAUUCAGAAGAACCUCCACCCCAGCUACUCCUGUAAGUACGAUGGCUGCUGCAUCAUCGACAAGAUUACCCGCAACCAGUGUCAGCUGUGCCGCUUCAAGAAGUGCAUUGCAGUGGGCAUGGCCAUGGACUUGGUGCUGGAUGACUCGAAGCGGGUGGCUAAACGGCGUCUGAUUGAAGAGAACAGGGAGCGACGCAAAAAGGAGGAAAUGGUGAAAACCCUCCAAAACCGUCCAGAGCCCACAGACAGCGAGUGGGAGGUGAUCCACCUGGUGACGGAGGCCCACCGACACACCAACGCUCAGGGCGCACAGUGGAAACAGAAGCGCAAAUUCCUGCCAGAAAAAAUCGGCCAGUCCCCAGUUGCUCCCACGUCAGACGGAGACAAGGUGGACCUGGAGGCCUUCAGCGAGUUCACCAAGAUCAUCACUCCUGCCAUCACUCGUGUCGUCGACUUUGCCAAAAAACUGCCCAUGUUCUCUGAGCUACCGUGUGAAGACCAGAUCAUCCUGUUGAAGGGCUGCUGCAUGGAGAUCAUGUCGCUCCGAGCCGCCAUGCGCUACGACCCUGAGAGUGAGACCCUGACGCUGAGCGGCGAGAUGGCUGUGAAGCGUGAGCAGCUGAAGAACGGCGGGCUGGGCGUGGUGUCGGACGCCAUCUUCGAUCUGGGCAAGAGCCUGGCGCAGUUCAACCUUGACGACACGGAGGUGGCGCUGCUUCAGGCCGUGCUGCUCAUGAGCUCAGAUCGCUCUGGCCUGACCUGCAUGGACAAAAUCGAGAAGUGCCAGGAGACCUACCUGCUGGCGUUUGAGCACUACAUCAACUACCGCAAGCACAACAUUCCUCACUUCUGGCCGAAGCUCCUAAUGAAGGUGACAGACCUGCGGAUGAUCGGGGCGUGCCAUGCAAGCCGCUUCCUUCACAUGAAGGUGGAGUGUCCCAACGAACUCUUUCCCCCGCUCUUCCUGGAGGUCUUCGAGGACCAGGAGGUGUGAAACACAAUUGCCACCACACAAAGGGAAGAGGAAGUUGGGGCAAACUGGGAGAUGGGAAGGGCCAUCGUUCUUAUAAGGAAAGGAUGGAGGAAGAGUCCUCUCUGCAGGAAUCUGCAUUUCUCCGACAUUGCAUUUACAGAUGUGGUUUAAAAACUGGAACCAACCAAUACACAAACAACACACCAGCAACAGGAGAGUCAAGCAAACAGAGGGGUUUUGUUUUUUGAAAGCCCUCUCCUCCACCUCUUUUCUCCUCCUUUAACCCUAUUUCAAAAUCCGUGUGGGGGCCCUUCUGUCUGAGCAUGAUGUCUUAUUUAGUAAGAGUUGUAUCCAUUUGCCAAGACACACACACACACACACACACACACACACACAGCCACACAGAGCCACAGCCUGUUCCACCUCAGUUCUUCAGAGCAGUGCUCUUUUCAGGGGUCCGUUACCCCUCUCUGGUUUUUUUUUAACGGUCACAGAUUUACACACAUUUUUGAAGCCCAUGUUUCCAGCUGCCAUGCUGGCAAGCACCUCUCAGUAUUAUUUCUGAAUAAGUGUUAAGUCAGUUAUUCUGAAAAUAUGGACAACGGUGACAUUGAUAUUAAUGCUCACAGUCAUGCAGGCACAUGCAGUCAGCAAACACUGCACAGUGAAAUUUCAGCGAUGCUUUAAGCAUUACUUUGGUGUAAAAUGGCUGCUGUACAGCAGAACUCAAUCUGAGCCGUUACAGCUGUUUCUGGGUAUCUAAUUCGAUCCCAGUGAUACCGGUGCUAUAUUUAUAAAAGGCUACUCCAGUUUUAUGAAAUUGUGUUGCCGGCCUUUGAAAAAUAAUGUGCAGAACAUGGCUCCAUAUCUACCUUCAUUUUUUUGUCAUUGGACCGGCUCCUGUGACAUACACACACUAACACAUGCACACACACAUUUGAGCAGAUUUGCCUUGUCAUUGGCCAUGCUGCUUGUGCGAGAACCCUACUGGCUUUUAAUGAAAGUUAAACCCUUCUCUCUCCAAGGAGUUACUGCAUUGAAAUAAAGAAGGGAGAAAAAAAGAAUGAAAGAAAGGAUGUGAGAGGAAGGAGGAGAAGAGAUAGAGAGAGGAAUCCAGAUUUAAUUGCUGGACAGUAGAGUCAGAGCCGGGGUCAGGAGUAAAACUCCCACACAUAGCCUCCAAGGAGGUUUACAAUAGCAGCAACCACCAGCGAGGCAGCAAAGCUCACUUUCGACAAACAAGCACACACACACACACACACACACACACACACACACACACACACACACACACACUCUCUUUUUCUCUCUGUAUUUUUCUCACACACUCAGACACACAUUAACAUGAAAACACACAUCACCUCAGAGUAACGUGAAUGCCUCAUUUUACUGUAUGCACUGCACGUCAGUGACAAUAUACAGCCCUAACCUGCAGGGUUUGUUCAGAGUCCCCUCCUCACGGACUCAGCUCAGUGUGGCCCCUCCAGGCUUCCAUACACAUUUGCCUUGUUUUACCAUGGGCAUCACUGAGUGCAGGCAAAUGCCAAGAAGGCUACCAUUUACCUCAAAGUGGAUACACCCCCAGGCUGGGGCGGCAGUACUGCCCCUGUGGUGUCAGGCACUACCUCACCUCUGUGGACACGGGGCGGCUGCCCACAGCCUACACACAGACAUACACCAUUUGAGUUGGCGCAUGUGUAGGUUAACACAGAAAUGUGCGUAAUAUUUAAGUAGGUGCACACUUAGUCAGGAAAUGACAAAACACUCUCACACACACACACACACAUCCUCAGUUCUAUCACUUGGUUGAAAUGAAAUACCAUUGAAGACAGGAGGGCCAGCCAUCCCCCUGGAUGACUCUACCGACUCCAGGGAAUGGUACCCAUUACAUUUGGGUUAUCUCUUUUUGUUAUAUGGGACCAAGUGUUGUCUUUUGGAAUUUGGAUUUACGCGUUUCUGUCAAAACCGAAGCCGACUCACAGGAGCGACGAAGUGUAGAUGUGCAGCCCAGCUGACACCCAUUUGCAACAGGAUGGAUAACGGAGAGUACCUGAAAACCCACGCCGGCCACACCUGCUGAAUUAGCAUGCAGAGAAAGGGCUGUUUGCUUCUGCAUCAUGGCUAUCUUCCACAGUACACCUAUGAUGGCUGUCCUUGGAUCUUGAUAAAUAUUUUCUCUGAAUUAAGCUUUCUUUCAUGCAUGGACAGUGCAUUAGACGUAAAAAGGUAGAAUGUUCUAAACCGAAAUGAAGCUUCUUAAACUCAAAAGCUCUUUAAGUCUCAUGCACUUUACCAAUGCUCACCACUAUAACGGUAAUAUCUCACGGCAAAUAUCCAUGGCAGAUAUCAUAGUGUAUUCGCCAAAGCACCAUUCACCAACGUUGAUAGAUUAGAUAAAAGCCCAUUCUGUUCAUUCCAAUUCUGGGGCCAUGCCAAAUCUAACUGGGUUUACCACUCUUACAAGAAGAGAAUGAAAGAAAAGAGAGACUAAGAAAAUCUAUUUGAUACUCAACGCCAAACAGUAGUUCAUACUUGGCACUUGUACAGGAUGGCUAAUCUGAGCCCCUCGGGAGUACCUAAGCAGAGCAACAUGUGGCAGGGAUCAUGGGUAAUCGUCACAAAUGGCCAUGCCUCACUGCUUCGCCGUCUAGAGCAAUGCUGGCAGACGAGAGAAUCUGGAACGCCACCUUUGGGCAAAAUGGUGGAGCCUGGUCUGACUCCCAGAAGAAUCCCCUUCACAAGCAUCAUCCCCACUUUUAGAGAUCCAUUCCAUGCCCUGCUUUACGCUAAUCUAGCCUAUGUCAAUGUCCUCUCCGGAGCCUAGCCACCCCCCCAACAUUAUAACAGCCCCCACCUAGCCUGGCUGGUGGGAGUUUUGCACUACUGCAACGGUCCUCCUUCGGCCUCUUACUCAUCAAACCAACACCUUGUUGGAUUCCCCAUUAGCGCCCCUCUCCAAAACUCCCGUCCUUUAUGGUGCGUUUGGUGCGGGACACUACUGUGGAAGGUGAGUUUUGGUGGCUCUGUGUAACAGAGGCUGGCAGUUGCAGUGGGCUCAGUCCCAAACCUGACCCGUUGUCAGUAUUAGAACAACAGCACUUGACCCUCACCCCUAAAUCAACCCAACAAGCGGCAGAGAGAGAUCCCUGCUGAGGAGGGCUGUGCACAGUAGCACUUAUUAAUUCUCCUUGUAGUAUCCAUUUCCCCGAUUAUCCUUCCUAUAGAGUCAGCCCAUUGACAUUUCAAAUUCAGAGCCCUCCUUUCAAUCAUCUUCUCUUCCCCUCUCCUCUUCCCGAAGCACCCGAGCUAUUGUACGCACCCACCGCUGAGUGGGAUGCAACCAGUUUGGCCCAGAAUCAUUGACACCAAACGGGAUCCAGGCCUUUACCUUGUGAGACAAGGCCGGCCAUAUCUGCCCUUUAGAGUGGCGCCACCGAAUGAAUGUGAAAGGCAAAGCAGCAGCGAUGGGGACGAGAGACUUGAGCGCGAGAUUGUGAGGAUGCGAGAGAAGAAAGUGUGGGACAGGAAACACAAAGAUGAGGGCCCGACCCUCACUGCCAUCAUUGACAUGGGAGACAGAGGGUGAUGUGGUUGGACGAUGUUAACGGACACUCGGAGGAAGGGGAGAUGGCAGUGUUGGAAUAUGUAGCGUCUCCCUUUCUUUUCCCACAGCGACCACAUAUGAGCCCCCGCUCCCAUGCCAGCUGACAACCCCAAAUGUCCCCCUCAGCUCCCUCCAAAAGGAUAACCUCCAACUGUCAUGUGAUGAGGAUCAGAACGUGAUCGCUCAUUCCAGAGAUGCAGGUUUGGAGUUCCAACACGUCUUUGUAAAAGAACUGAAAAAGAGAAAAAAAAACCUAUUGAUGUCCUUUGUUCUCGUGAGCUGACUGGGUAUGUGUGUGUGACAGUAGGGGUUAUAAUGCUGCUUUACCUUCUGAGUCUGAUUUAGAUUAAGAAAAAAAGAUAUAUGAAAUGAUAUAAAUCCACAAAACACAAUGAAAAGAGAUGACUUUUUAAAAAAGACUCCUGAACAAAAUUAUCGGAGGUUCUUUCAUUUUAUCAUUGUUUUGUUAUUUUUCUGUUUGUUUUUUGACGCUUAAACUGCUCUGUGUAAAAAAGGAAAAAAAACAGCUCUAGUCACUUUUUGACCAUGCGUGCAGUGUAACAUAGAAAAUAUUUCACUUCUUUUUCACAUCUAUACUUUGUGUUGAUAAGCCAACUGAUCUGUUUGUCUGUGUGUCUGUCCAGUUGUCCGUCCCCUUUUAUCAGGAGGAAUUUACAACCAACAAAACAGGAAUUUCUUUUUUAUAUUUGUUCUUUUUUUAUGAAAUACAACUUUGGAAAAAAAAAAAAACACAAACAGGAAAAAUAAUGCAACAGAAACUGAAAAUACAAAAAAAAAACAAUCUUGUCAUACCUCACACAACACGAAACUCAAAGGAACUUGGGAGGAGUCAUAUUUUGCAGGCACAUGUGAAAGUUCAGAGAUGCAUAUAUAGAUUUUAAAAAAAAUGUAUAUGUUAAGAUAAUAUGUGCUUGUGUGUACGCAUCAGUAGAAGUUACAAAAGGACUCUUCCCUCAAGCUUUUGUGCUCUACCUUAUUUGGUUGUGAGGCAUUAGAUACCAUCAGCUAAUGUGUAAUUCUCCAACUUUAAAAGGCACAGUCUUUAGACAGUAAACCUAAAAAUGUGAAUGGCCCAGAGACUGAGGGACUAAGACUUUUGUAAUGGCUGAGAGUUUUAUGGUAUUGAAUGUAGCUGACAGGAGGGGGCUGGACCUGAGCCCGGCACCCACAACCCAACUUCCACACACCAGCAGAAACGAUAUUGGUGUCACAUAGACGUUACGUACCAACAACAAAACUGAGAAUAUAUAUUGCCCAUCUGCAAGGUGCAAUACUAUGUUGUGUAUUUUUGUAUGUUUUCUGUUUUUUGAUUUUAUUUUGAUUUUGAUUUACAUUUUAUUUUUGGCCAUAACCAAGGAUGUAAAUACAAAUACAUACAACACUCGAGAUUUAUUGCAGCAAAGUAAAUUUAACCUCGCCAUCCCGCUCCUAUGUAAGAGGGUAAAAAAAGCAAAGUGAUGUGUAAUGCUUCAUACAUUAGUGUGUGUGUGUGUGUGUGUGUGUGUGUGUGUGUGUGUGUGUGUGUGUGUGUGUGUGUGUGUGUGUGUGUGUGUGUGUGUGUGUGUGUGUGUGUGUGUGUGUGUGUGUGUGUGUGUGCGUGCGUGCGUGCGUGCGUGCGUGCGUGCGUGCACUCUCUCACAUGUGCAUGCUGAUCCAUAUUCAGAAGUGCCCCGUGACAUUAAUCAUGAACCCUGUGCCUCCUGUUGUUUGCAAAGAGAUAGAUUCGUACCCCUCAUAUUCUCACAUCGACACGCCACACAUGAAUGCCUAUAGUUAUGUGUGUAUGUGUGCGUGUUCUUUCUAUGGAAUCAGUUCUUCCAAACUGUUGAUGUGUGUGUGGCCAGCAGCCGUAGUGGCUAAAGGUUUGCAGGGCAGUAAGGAGGGAGAGGGAGAUAAAUAGAACAUAAGCAGGUUAAUAUUGAAAUGAUUGUCAGCUAACGUGGCUGCAAAACACACACAUCAAGGUUGGAAAACGGCAAAAUGGAUUUCCCCAUUCGUCCACCCUCCCAUUGCCUCCCAGAAGCCAGCCUAAAAAAUCUUGCUCAGCUUGUGAUAAAAGGUAGUCAUAAACCUGAACCAGGGACUAUUAGAGGUUCCAUUUAUAGUUGUCAUUUCAUGUGUCUGUCAUCCAGAUAAAAAUCCAGAUUUAAUACGCUGUUAUUAACACUAAGCAACAUAUGUAUCCCAUAGUGGACAGAUCAUGUCCUUGUUUACGCAGGCUACAUGCAAUCUGGAUCUGAAGCUCCUCAAAACAUGAGAAGCUCUAGAGGCUUCAUCUAGCUUUAGCUUACUGAUGUAGUUACACUUUAGAGUGAAAAUGACACAUGCAUUCAGACUUUAACACAUCUGGCAAGAAUGCAUCUCCUAAAUGGAAAGUUCAAACUAGCUGUUUUCAUUUCUUAUUGGCUAAAGCUAAAAGUAUUUUUUGUCUAUGAUGACACCGAGGCUACCACAGAUUGCAUUAGCCGCACCACAACUUGCAGAGAUUCAAGGCUGGCUCUGCGGAGGCCUCCAACUUCAUCCCAUCCAUAAAUAUCAUGAUCCUGAUUUAUUCUCACAUGUUGACACAUUGGAUAAGGGUGAAGAUUGUCUGUGAUGUUUUUUGGUUUCAUGGUUGUGUUUGGUCCCCCCCCUCCCCCCAUGCCAAAUGUAGAGUUUGUCAAGACAUGCAAGUAGCAAGAUGUCUAUGCAAUCUCCCUCCUGCUCCCUCCAACAGACAAGCUCAACGUAACAACAGCGAGCCACUCUUGCUUGUAAAAUUCGGCCUGGCUUGAAUUCCAGAUGUUCUUUACAUCACCCAAAGACCCUCGCUACUUAUAUCAGCGGGGGUCUGGCCUACCUUGGUGAGCUGGCCUUUAGCCCAGCUGACUGCCUCUCUCCACGGUAGUCCGGGUCUCAGAGAACAAGUAGGAGGAGUACUGGGGAUGUUGUGGAGAAUAAGGAUUCUACGGGAUGUGCUGUUUAUUUGUAAACUGCUCAGAAAGUGGUGUGUGUGCAUUUAUGUGUGUGUUGUUUGGAAGUUCGGGUACGUCUUAUUGAUGCGAUGCUCUCACUGUUUGGUUGGUCCAACAUAAAGGCCACAUCGGCUCGAAUUCCAAGAUUUAGAAAAGCCCCUUAACUCUCUCGUCUGCAAUAUGUGUGUAAAGCUUUAACUUUUCUAUCCUGCGACCAACGUAAUGUAACGUUAAAGAGUGGGUGGUUGAUGUCUAUCAGUGGCAAAAUAGCAUAGCUAGGUUUACCUAAUUUCCUCUACUUUUUUAGACAUGAGGAAAGGAUUUGGUCUGAUUUGCAAUCGAGAAAAAAAUUCUACUUUCCCCUAAUUGAGAUGAACAUCUACCACCUACUGACCCCCCCACUGAACUUGAGCACUUAACUAAAAUGCACUUUGAAUGGCCCAAACCAGUCCAUGAUACGUGGAAGAAUCUUUGGAGAUAAUAAUUGUGCUGACAGAAAAAAAAACUAAAAUUGCACCGGCGCCAAAUGCUUUUUGCACCGUUUAUUGUUUUUAAAAUGAGUUUAAUCCGAAAUUAGAGUUCCAGCCUUCAGGCACCUAAUGACUAAUUAGAAACUUUAUGAUUUACUUUUUUUAUUGAAGUGCAAUAAGCGAGUAAGUGAACCUUUUGGCGUAUUUCUUGUCUCAGUAGAUCUUUUUUAUGUUUGUUGGAAAAUAAUAAUCUCAAGAUUGAUUCUAAAAUGUGGCCACCCAGGAGAGCAUCAGCUUAGACCCGCUCCACACAUACAAACACACACACAUGCACAUACACAAACACUGACCACUUGUUGUGACUGGGUAAAGGAAGCUAUUGAAGGAUUCUCUCAGGUAAAAGAACAUUUUCUAAUAAAUGAUGAUGAACCUUAGAUGAAAAACAUUGUUAGCUCCUCUUUUUUUGUCUUCUCAGUUUACAAUCAGCAAUGUACCUUUUUUGCUGUUCUGUGUUCGGUCAAGAUGGAAAUGGUAUAGACAUCCAGGUUUCAAGGAUUUGGGUCUUGGGUCCAACUCAAUUACAAAAGAUCAUUGUUUUCUUACCUUAAUGAAAACACAUUUCCUAAUGUGUGGAGGUGGGACAGUGUGUUCUCUCUUGUUUGUUUGAGAGUGGGAGUUGUUUGCUUCUGUUUUGUGCUGCGCCAUAUGGAGCCCCAUUCCUGCCAGGAAAAGAAACGUGAAUUUAAUUUAUGUAGCCCAAUCUCCAUUUUAAAAGGUAAAAAUGGAAUGGAAAUGGAAUAAAGUUCCCUCUAUAUUUACUGACAGACAUGCAAUAUAUGCCAUGUGUACAGAAUAACCAACAUAGUAAAUUUAUACCAUGGUCUGAGAAGACAAAAAUAAUGGGUAUAUUUUUAUGUGAAGAAUAUGGCUCUUAAAACAACUUCCAGAUGUUACCAAGCAGAUAAGACCAGCAGGGAACAAUUUCAAGAACAACAGUGCAGCACUAACGCCCUAUCUCGCAACUUUUAGAAAAGGGAAACAUAAAUCAGUGUGUUUCUGCACCCUAAUUUGGAUCGGCUCGAACAUAAUGGACUCUUCCUUGGCCAAUGCUUAACCCUUACAGUCAUUUCUCUGUAAUAAAAAAAAAAGACAACCAAAUUGUAAUUUGAUGGGCGACAUUUGAAGAACUGAGGCGAAAACAUAACAUCCUAUGCAGAGGUAAUGAGGCAACGACAGCCAGGGGAGACAGAAAAGGUCACCGGAUGGCUGACGGUUCAGCACAGGGAAGCCAGAGAGAGAGAAGGACAGGCGCACAGUUGGGACGUGUCUGUGCUUUAGGGUUUAAAGAUAAAUGGUUUUAACAAAGUGUACUGUAUUCUGAUCGGUAGCAUGAACAAAAAUAUCUUUGCAAAGGUAACAGUACAAGUGGAAAUUGGUCGCCACUCUGACCCUCCUACUUUUCAAUAUUUGUAUGGGAAUUUCUUUUCUGUCUUAUCAGAUUUUCUAUUAGGCUACUAGGGCCUUAUUCUGUAAAUAUUGAAAUCACCAAUUGUUUAAUAUCUCAUUAGACAAAGUCACAAGGCCUGAGGUUAUGUCUCCAAUUUUUUUCUUUAAUUGGAAAUAAGGGCCCAAAAGUUAAAAUCAAUGGAGUCUGGACAAAAAGGUAACAGUGCUGGCGAUGCUAAUCUAACAACGAGAGUUAUCAAGUCCCCUAUUAUUAUAAAAAUUCAACCUACGGUGUUAGCAACUGUCGUAAACCACUUCGCAGUACAGAGAAAUGACUGCAGAGCCACCACACAACAAGUUGCUUCCUUUUGCUAAACCUACUCAGCCAGCCUCAACAGGAAUAAACAUAAACUGCAGACACAAUGCUAAUUCUAUCGCUAACCUGCUAUCAAGCACAGGUAUGAAGCUAUUUGAAGUGCCUUGAAAUAUAAGGUAACAUCAGUAAAGAUGAGCUUUUUUAAACUGAGGAACUGAUUUCUCCCGAAAAGACACCCUAUACCCAGUGGAUGACUAGAGGAUACAUUUGUUAGCUAGGCUAGUGUAAAAAAGUCAAUUUAAAUUCUAUGGCUAAAGUGUAUUCAUGAAUCAACAUUUAAAAAAAUCAAGCUGACAUUUUGGUCAGUAGUUCACACACUCAUUAAGAUGACUUUUUACCUCAUAAUUUCGAUUAAAAAGUUAAGAUGUAUUAUUGAAGGCAAUUAUUUUGACCUACAGAAUCCAGAAUUAUAUAGUCAUAAUUUUGAUUUUAAAAAUUACAAUCAAAAUGUUGAUUAUCUGUGAGUAUUUUCUAAUCUCUGAAUUCUGUUCUAUGAAUGACUUGAUAUGACAUCAUCUGGAUUUAAAACGUUUUGGUUUUUUUCUUACUUUGAGUUAUAUAAUUAUAUUUAUUUCUAGCAUCCCCAACCUUUCCUAUUCCAGGCAGAAAUGGGCUUCGAUAGCACAGCAGGAAGUUAUUCAGCGGACCUAUUUCAAAUCACAUUAUGACUUUUCUCAGAAACACGUGCCAUAGUGUUCAGAAGUAAACUCAGCCCUUCCUGUCAGUAGUAGUCCAGACUUUGCACUUUUUCCCUCUGCGAUCAAAGUGCCAGCAGCAAUAUCCAGCUCCCCCUCCCCCCAGUUGGUUCAUGGUGUACAUACAACUGUACUUGGCUUUCCUCCAAGCUGCGCACCAUCCACCCUUGAGGGGGUUUUGGGGGGGGGGGGGGCUGGCUUUGUUCCUCCAUCCACAGGCCUGUUCUAUUUCAGUGUGCUUACUGUUAAGCUUUGUGAUGUACAGAAAGGUUAGCAUGGCUAAAACCAAGGCUGUGCAUGUUUAUAGGUGUGUGCAUGUGAAUGCCAGCAUCCAUGCUCAUGUGAGAGAACUGUCUUUAGUGUGUGAACUUUGGUAUGAACAUCCUGCUAUCAGAUCAACAUUCUCGUUCCCUUCCGAAUCCCCAAAAGCACCUUUUUAGGCCGUGGUACAUGACAGAAGUCUGUAAAACAGAGUCCUGUCACAGACGUGUAUUAUUUCCUUUGAAGAAUGUAACUAAAAUUGUGUUCAUCGGGAUAAAAGAUAGGUGAAAGAAGGGGGUUUGAAGCCAUUUAUAUACAGUAUGAGGGAGGUGGGGUUGCAGGACAUGAAAACUGAAUUGCAAGAGCGGAAUAUUUCAAAAUAAAAGCUGCAGGAAUUCCCACAAUCAAAAGUUUCACUGCACAACGGAUCAGAUAACGCCGCGCCUGCAGUUUCAGGCUUUAUCAUUUUGUUUCUCUUUCCAUAUGAUGGCCUUAUUGAUUGCUUUUGUAUCCGUCCUCCUCUAUGAUAUUGUUCUACAGCUUGGAUCAUAGGGCACCGGAGGAUUUAUUAUGAAGUCUUGCACGUAGAAAACCCACGUUAUGUAGUUGGAUCUCUGGUAAAGAGUGUAUUGGUGUGGUGGGUGGUAGCAGUUUAGGACUCCAGAGAGUGAUUCUUAGGUUAUCAUGACACACAAUAUGUAAUGGCUGAGUAUAAGCCAAUACUCUUUGUGGCCAUUACAGUUCAGUAGAGAAUAUUUAAGCCUUCAUGAGCUGAAUAAUGUAAUUAAAGUGCCACAUUGGGUUACUGGGCUUGCUAUCAACAUCAGGUGCACGUUCAGACUGUUGUCAUUUAAGAUGUGACUGUUAAAAUACUGAUGGGCAGUCAACACAUCUGUGUUAAUGGCUGAGCAGGAGGCAUUGUGUAAAUAGAAAGUUGUUAUGAUCAUGAUGACAUUCCUUUCCUUUUCCAAUGGCACAUGGAGCUCCUUUCACUGCACCACAAUCUCGCCACUAGAUAUUACGAAUAGCUUUGAGCGGACACGAUCACGGUCCUAUUGCCUAGUACACCAAAUCCCAAGAUGGAACUAAAAGCACUUAUAGGUGGUGUUGCAGCGGUUUUGUGCUGCUCGGACGAUCUAAAAGGAAAUUUAUAGUCAUGGAGAUAUUUUUGUAAACGGGUGGGAAAUCAUAUGCCUAGACAGCUAAGAAUGUACACAAAUUAGCUCAUAUAUAAUUAGUCUAUUAAUCAGGAAUAUAGAUCAGAGAUUAGAUAAAUGAUGUGAAGUGUAAUGUAGUUUGGGGAGAUGCUUAUGAGGAAAAUAUGCAAUGUUUGUCAGGUUGAGAAAAAAAGGCUUUGACUUGCUCAGGUUUGAAAAACCGGCCUCAAAGGGUGCUUUCCGUCCUUCCUCCUCCCUCCUCUCUUGGUCCAACACGUCUACUUUGUCGGUUCCGUCAAACACCCUCAGAGCACAUACACUAUCUGCUCUCACUGUUGUAUGCAAAACCAGAGGAAAUACUUUGCUAACUUUUAAACCUGAAGAAAGGGAUCAACUUCGAAACAGUUUUCCACUCUGUAGCAGGUCCAAGCCACUUUUAUACAGCACCAGCAAAAUCACCAAUAACCACCUCUUUGAAACCACUGGGAACAUUUUCUUUACUGUACCAACUCUUUGCUCACAUUGUUUACAACAGAAAAGACUCAGUGUCACAUGUACAGAAAGCUUGGCAUGCUUAUAGUAUGGUGUUAAAAACAUUUAGCACAAAUGCGCUAUGCUUCAAAGUGGUUUCCUCAACAGCAGGAUCAGUGUUUCGCUAAAAAGCAGAUACCUGGUAGAUGCAACAAGUUCUACGUUCUGGUGCUGGUAGAUGUUUCCAUGUCAGACUUUAUUUAUAGGUGGAGUAAUGAUGUACAAGUGUCUAUGAACUGUCUAUGUGUCUGUAUUCACUAUUCUACAAUCCACUGUCCUAGUAGAUAGUCUCAAAUUGAAACAUUAUAAUGAUAAAUCAAGAAAAAGUAAAGGUCUUUUAUGUAGAUAUGAAUUAAUGGUAAGCAUCAACAGGACUUUACUUUGUCUUUAUUUAACACAAAGAUGCUAGUUUUCAGGACUGGAAAAUGCAUUUAAAAAACUUUUUGCAAACGUGUGUUUCGAUAUUUCAGCAAAUUCAAUAGAAGCAUGCUGAAGAGCAACAUCUGCACUCUCGGGGUUAUGUUUUGAUUUGAAUUUUCUUUGUCUUUUUUCUCUUGGAUCUUCUCAAGGACCUUGUUCAAGCCUGCUCAGUAUAUAUGUGACUAUUCAAACAUACUAUAACUCUAUGACUUCAAACCAGCAGAAAAUGUUUUACAAAACCUACGGAAAAAUAAAGUAAAUGUGCAAAUGAGCUAUAAACAACCUUCACAUUCAGCUUAUACAACUACCUUUUUUACUUUUGUAUCACUCCUUCAAGAGUCCCUUGCUUCACUGUGACUACAGAGGCUGCUGGGAAAACUUUGAUGUGUUAUUCAGACACUCAGGGGUCACGACCUGUCCGGUCAGGAUCAGGGUUAGGAAGGUGCCAAAGACAGGAUGUGAAGGGGUUUUGUCAGUUUACCUGUUGUCACAGCCCUCAAUGCAAACAAUAAAGCAGGCGAUUCCUAUUAUCUCUCCAGAAAACUAAAAAUAAGUUUGUCACUGAUCUCGACCCUCCCCACCCGGGCAAUUAAGGCUCCGCAAAUUACAGUCAAAAGCAAUGUUAGUGACUCAAGGUGGAAAAAAUAUGUAUAUCAUAAAUUACCUUUACUGAGAAAAAUGUCCUUCUAAGUUCAUAUAGGCCAUGUAAUAUCGGCAUUAGCAAAAGUAAAAAAGCGACAAAAUAACAAAGAAAGGGGACUAAUGUUGGCUGUCAAGAAGUCAAUGUGUUUUCCUAACCACGUUUAAUAUCAAGUACAGAUGUGAAGAAGAAAACAACAGCAGUGUUAAAAGAAUGCCUACUGAAGAUAAUGUAAAUAUGUUUAUCACAUUACAUCAAAAAACUAAAUGCUGUACAACUUAAGUAAGGACUUCUGUCUGAAAGAGAAUGACACCUCCUAAAGAGCAUGUUUUUCAUUCAUUCAUAAUGUACAAUAAAACAGCCAAAGCUUUGGACAUUAUCUCCUUUCCUUUUGGUCUAUGCUAAAAGAGAUUUUAGGCAAUGAAAAAAACAUUUAUCCAAGUAUCAAAAAGACAUUAGAAAUACUUUUACAGGACACCUGAGACUAGAACAAGGUAGAUAGUGAUUUUUUUAGCACAUAAAACAUUUUUUAUUUUUUUAUUUUGUAAACUAUCCCAGAGUCUAGAAAAAAGAUUGCCUAAUAACUUUCAUUCAAUAUCAGAUAUCUGAUUUAGGGGAUUUCUUGGUCAGAGUGAAAUAUAUUGUUAUUAUUUUUUGCCAUGACCUAGUUUUACCAUCUUAUAAGUCACUAACAGGAUUGCAUAUUAUGUCUAGAUUUGUGUGUAUCACAGUCCGGGAUACUAAACGGAGAUUUCUAGAGAGAAUGAGAAGUGAAUACAAAUCUAGAGUAAAAUAAGAAACUGCGCUGGUAAUGUAUAACAGAGUUUGCAGAAACAUCCUGGGCUAUAGUCUAUUACUGAACAGUGAACAAAAGACACAGUACACAGGGAAACACAUGGCCAUUCACUGUACUCAUAGUAGAGAUCUCUCCUUCUGUCUCUAUCCAGAGGUGCCCGAUAUUUAUAUAUUUUCUGAGUAAUACAAAAGAGUAGCAGAAAUUAUUUAAAGUUUAUCCAGUUUCUGUGCCUGAUCAUGUACAAUAAAUGGCUACAAUACUACAAACCCCGGCCUCCUGGUGUCUGGUGCAGGUUAACCCAGACAAAAAGAAGAAUCUGAAAAUAUAAUAUAUAUUAUAUUAUUCCUGAUAUGUCUGUUUUCUUUCUUUGUUUGACUCUCAGUAGACGUCCCUGUUCAGUCAUGCAAAACAAGGAACAAUAUUUAGGAUUCAUUUCCAUCGUGAAAGGACAUACAGUCGAGCUUUAAGCACCGCUCCGGGCUAAAAAAAACACUGUCCACUGCUUCAACAACACACACACACGCAGGAAACCUCCGAAUAUCUACUGUGAUCUCCUCUCACACCACCCACACCUCCAUCACACCACACCCUCUCUCACCUGGACCUGUCCACCCCGGUCAUUACCCAACCCCCUGCUGUUCCCUAGCACCCCACCCUCCCCCUUUUCCUCCUCCUCCCAACAAGAGUCCAGUGGGUGGUGUGAUGUCAGGUUUUUGUGGUGGGCUGCUUACGACAGGUCCAGACAAUCAGCGUGUUUGUAAAUGUCAAUGUGUGAUUUUCAAAUCUUUGUUUAUGGUCAGGGUUUUAAAGGAAGAUAUUUUUAUGGUAAUUGUCGCUGGUCUAUUUUACUAUAUAUUUAUGUAAUAAAUAUGUGACUAAAUUGACAUCUCACUGGCUGUUUGGGCUGUUAUUGGCUCUCAGUUCUUCAACCGGAUACAUCAUGUGCUGGAGGGUUUUCAUUAAUGGACUAAUAAAUUAAACCCACGGAAAAAAACAA